GUCAUCUCCCACUCAGUCGACCGUCUCGAGACUGAGCGCCUCUCCUGGGCCGAACUCAGCGACGUCAAGGAACUGCUCCCUAUCGCCAACAUCCCCUCCGGCAAGCUGGAUGACUUUACUCAGCGGCUGAGGGAGACGGUCGAGUUCUACUUGAGCUACCGGCCAGGCCUCUCCCGAUUCCCGAGCCGGCUCGGCGUGACCAGCGGCUUCGUGUGGGACACCGGGUCGAUGAACACUACUGGCAGCCGAAGAACAAUGACCGCCUGCCCGGCGUGC